AUGAAGACUAUCGCGAUUUUCGGAACAAUUUCUCAAGCAGCCCUUGUGCGAAACUAUGCUCAUUACGACGAUGAGACCUGGAGAGCACCCAUCUACGAGAGCUUCCUGCCCGACCCCUGGUCUGACAAACCCUGCUACGACUACAUCCAUUCCGUCCACCCAUCAAAAUGGCUGAACGACGGACUCUUCCUUCCCGAUUGCACCGCUGAUGGUCUCUACCACCCUACUCAAUGCAACUUCCAGAACCAUCGCUGCUGGUGCGUCGAACCCGACGGUCAAAAAAUCGCGAAUUCCGAGAUUCCCCUCUGGCGGGUUAUUCGCGAGCCGGAAACGGCAAAAUGCAUCCAUCGCUUCAGGGAAUUCCUGAACGGAAAGGGUCGUUUCCCAGUGAACAACAUCAUCGAAAAAUCAACAACGACAACCGAAGAGCCAGCAACUUCAACUUUCAAUCCCAAGUGGGCCGAAACGACUUAUUCGGUGCAGACAGAAGCUACUACUGCUCUGACAGAUUCAUUUACAUCUACUGAAGCUGCCACAAUUAUUAUGGAGGACUCCGAUCCCGUAACUACUCCUGCCGAAUCAACCACAUUUUCAAACACCGCUGUUCCGUCGCUCCCAACCACCACUGAAGAAUUCCUCCAGAUCGAGCUCUUCCCAAUUCUGAACCUUGAAUCUUCGGAGACUGAAGAUAGCCAGCUCGUGACUCUGACUGGCCCUGGAAUCUUCGCAGCGCCGAAAGAAGAGGAUUUUGUCAAAUUCUCGAGCUCCAACUUUGCCGUCGCGAUGAUGAAAGCACCUGAGGAGGAGAUUCUCCUGAUCGAAGAAGGAUCUGGCGCGACUGAGGUUCAUCUCGAAGGCUCUGGAGAAUAA